CUGCUGGCAUAUGCCUAAAAUAGCAAGUCGACUGCUGGAAAUGCCACAUUGGCGACUACGAGCGGACGAAUGACGACGGUUGAGCGCAUCACAGCCCGCGAGCUCGCGGCGAUCCUCAAGGACCCGGUCCGCCGCCAGAGCGUGCGCAUCAUCGACGUCCGCGACUCGGACUUCAUUGGCGGCCACAUCCGCGGCGCCGUGAACCUCCCCGAAGACAACUUUCAGGACGACGAUGACGUUGACGCGAUCGUCGAGGACUUCAAGGCCGUGCCACAGAUCGUCUUCCACUGCAUGAUGAGCCAAAUCCGCGGGCCCUUCUGCGCCAAGCGCUUCAAGAGCCGCAUGGAGAUCUGCCUCGAGGGCGCGCCGCACAAGCCCGACGUCCGCAUCCUCUCUGGCGGCUUCCAGCUCUUUGGCCGCGAAUACCGCAACGACCCCGAGCUGGUCGAGGACAUGGAUAUCUAGCGUGUUCGCUCUCCAUCCAUGGCCUGCACCUCAGCGAUCGUAGAUGGAAUAGACUCACAGCAGAACUCUACGUACUUACUACUUUUACGCAUGUGGCAAGGAACCCAAG